AUGGUGCCAAGCUUUGAUCAUGAGACGAUUCUAGCGGUGAUCGCGGCUAUCAUCCUCGUGAUCCUCUUCAUCGUGCGGAAAGUCUGCUACACUGCUGGCAGUGGUCAUCAUCAGCAUCAUAGCGACUUCGUCAAGCACUACAAGCAGACAUCAUGGCUUCAAGUGGUUAUCCUCUUCAGCUUCAUUGGCUACAUCAGCGGCGUCAAGUACACCGUGACCGUGGAGGGCCGUGAUCAACAUAGAGUCUUCGACUUCUACGCCAACAUUGUCUUUGAGCAGUCCUUCGGGUACAAGCGCUACGACUCCGGCUACAUCGAGCACUACAUGUCCAUGGACUUCUUCGUCUUCGGCUACCUGGAGCUUGCCUGGCAUUGGCGCUGA